CAAUUUUCGUUCAACUCCAUGACACAAUGGUUUUGACCUUAUAGAUUUAUUUUUUCUUAAAAGAAAAUAUAUUACUGCAGAUCUGAUGAUAAAUUUCUAAACCGUAAACUUUAUACAUUUUCAUUUCAUAGCUCGAGACUGUAAAUAGAGUAUAUAUAUAGUCUAUACAAUAGCUAUCAGAUUUUUUCUUUUAAGUUCCUGAUUUAUUCAUACUUUUUCAUAUAACGAUUCCUAAACUUAGAUUCAACAUCACUGAGAACUUCACGUGAGAAUAAAUAUUUAUUUUCUUUUCUCACUAUAUAAAUAAUUAUUUUCUACAACUUUUAAUAUUAACCUUACAAAAAAGCGUGUGCUGUUGAUUAUUCUUGAGAAUCUAGGUAUACCUGAAAAUGCUAUAAAUUCAGAGGCAGUACAUGAGCUCUAUAACUGCAACCAACACCAAAAAUCUUCUACUAAAUCAGAAACACACAAAACCCUAGUUAAAAAUGGCAGUGGUGAGUCACAACAACGCAGAAGGCAGGCUAUACGAAUCAACUCAGACUUGGCCAAUUGCUUACUUACAAAUUGGUGGCCAAGAGAACGGAGGAGACGAUGACGACGAUGACUGUGACGUUGCACCGGCGGCUUGAUCAUUUGCAUAUUAUCGUAUGCUACUAUAAACUUAAAAUAACAGUCAUUUAAUUAAGUAGUAAUUGUGCUUCUUGACAUAGAACCACACACACACAUGUAGCUGAAGUUGUAGAUCGUGCCUGUAUUUAUCCAUGUCGCAAACAGGCUUUUAUUACUAGAUAAACAACAUUUUUGACUUUCGAGUGUUGAGAGACUAGCUAGCUUUAAGUAACAAUAUAAUGUAUCGUGUGACUAUAUUAAUGAAAUAAUAUUACAUUAUGUACCCAAGAUUUGUGGUUAUAGUAUGAUCAACACUAUAUAAUUCUCAUAUCCAUUUAUCUUUCUUUUGGCUUUUUUGUUUUCCUUUUUCGAAUUAUAUUAGCUGGAAAUUUUAAAUUUUGUACAGACACAUUGUUUGUUCUCAUCUUCCUUUGCUCAGCCUUUUGUGGUCUCUACCGCUUAGGACCACUUACUGCAAAUCUAGAAAAUUAAAAUAUAUGACUAGCUAAAAUGUGAGGUAUAUUGAGAAGUGAGUUCUUAAAACUACUUGGACUUGUCUACUUAGAAUUUGAGACAUUAUAAGUACAAUUGAUGUUAAUCUAAAAGUGUAGAACAUUGUUAAUUUCUUGAACAGCUGUUAGCCAACAAUGACGGACGAUACGAUCAUUGAUCGAAGAGGCGAUUUUGUUUCACAUCGAUCAGUGGAUCUCUUGGCGAAGUACAUGACCAACCACCAGAUGAUCAGAAGCAUUCAACACCUCUCUAUUUAUCCCAAUUUUGUUGCAUAGCAUAACAAGGUGAAAGAGAAAACAUGUUACACAACCGAAGAUGGAAAUGCAAUGAGAGGGAAUUUGCGGCAAACAUCGAUACCAAUGGCUUCAGUUAGAUCAGGUUGAUCCCCAUUUGGUCCAGCCUCUACCCUCCAGUCAAAUCGGCCUACAAGGUUGGCCACUGUCACCUCUGCCAGACCCAAAGCAAGAUUUAUCCCGGGGCAUAUCCUUCUCCCUGAUCCGAAUGGGAUGUAGUUCAGAUUUUUUCCGUGAUAAUCUAAACCUGAAUCUAAGUGUCUCUCCGGUUUGAAUUCUUCAGCAUCCGGUCCCCAUAUCGCAGUGUCUCGUUGGAUCGCCCAAGCAUUGAUUAUCACCUAGACAUGGUUCCAAUACAAUUUAACCGAAAUCAUUAGCUAUGUAUGUAUCAACAGGAUGGUAAAUAAUUUUUAAGAUUUAUAGCUAAUACCCUUUUUUAAGUAACCAAAUUUGGCAAACAUAUUUUUUUACUGUAUAACCAUGACUAAUUAAGAGGUAUAUAUGUAAAGUUAUGUGUGAACUGCUAGGGUAAAUUCUUGCAAAUGAUAAUUAACCGUGAUAAAAAUAAUUUUGAAAUUAU